CAUACACACACACACACACACACACACACACACCCUGGUGAAGGUAAGGAGGUGCAGCAGUUGCUCAUGGCUGUGAAUGUGGAGAAGAUCAUCUGCUGCAUCAAACAGGGAGACCAGGACAGCGUCCUCACACAGCUGGACAACUACAACACUGAGUUUGCUCACUGUUUCUUUUUUGAUGUGGAGGAAAGAGAGAGGAGAAAGCAACGAGAACUUGAGGAGUUCCGCAGGAAUAAAGUCAGAGACCACGUCCCAGACUCAGACUCAGGAGAUGAAGAAGGUGAGGAUCCCGAGCUCAUCUUGCGCAGGCGGUUGGCUGAAGCUCUGCUCCGGUUCAUCAGGACUCGUCUCCAGCCCAGUGUUCUCAGUGUGUGUUUGCGUACACUGCGUAUUCUGUCCCGUGACCGCCAGGCACUCACACCCUUCAUCACUGACUCCGCCAUCCUCACCCUCGCCUGCUUGGGUGGCAUCAAACCCCCGUCCCUUUCUCACCAUGGCGAUGAGGAGGAGAAUAAAGAGAUGGCAGAAAAGAACGUGGACAACAAUGACUCAACUCCUGUUAGCAGCAGCAUGGACUUUCAUUUCACUGAUGCAAACUCAGCAGUUCCUCAUGUAAGCUCCGCCCCCUCACACACCCUACACUGUGUGAGCGAGGACAUCACAGAGAUGGAGAGAAGUGACGGCAUCUGCAGAAUGUUGACGAGAGGAAAGAGGGAUGCCAGAGAGGAAGAGGAGAAGGAGAGGAAUGAGUGGUGUGAUGAUGGAGAGGUGUGGAGGAAAGAAGCUAUGAAGACUCUCUGUAAUGUCAUUUACAACAGCCAGAGGGCACAAGAGAGGGCCAGUGUACUGAAACUCCUCCCAGGUCUUUCUGAAAAGCUGAAGAACGGCAUUUGCUCUGUGACUCCCCCCAGUGGUCAGUUUUAUGAGCUGCGGCUGAUGUUCCUGUUGACGGCUUUAAGGCCUGAACUAAGAUGUCAUCUGCAGCAGGAGCGUGGCGUGUCCAUGCUGACGGCCGCUCUGGAGCAGUGUUUGGAAGUUCAGUGGGCCAACAUGUAUGAGGUGGUGGCCUGGGACUCAGAGUCUCCUCCUGUCUGUAAGGAAGCGUCUCAGCGUGCCAUCGAGAUCCUGAAAGUGCUGUUUAAUAUCACGUACAGCUCACACAUGCAGCAGCCUGAUGAGGAGGAUGCAGCUCUGUAUCGCCGCCUAGCUGCUGUCCUGCGUCACUGCCUGCUGCUGCCCUGCCAGGAGGAAGAACUGACUGAGGAACUCCAGGGACAGACGGUGAAUGUGUUGUCAGCUCUUCCUCUGCAGUGCCUGGACGUCCUGCUCUCAGCUCGUCUCUCUGAGGGGUCGAAGGAAUCGGGCGGAGACAACAUGGACUGUGUCCACUCACUGCUACUGUUCAUGGAGAGGAGACUUGAGAGAAGUCAUAAGCUGAAGGAGAAACUGACUCCAGUGCUGAACCUCCUGACUGAGAGCUGUAGAGCUCACAGAGAAACACGACACUAUCUCAGACAGCAGAUUCUGCCUCCUCUGAGGGACGUGGUGCUGAGGCCUGAGCAAGGAGACACGAUCCGUAACAAGCUGGUGAGACUGAUGACGCACGUGGACACGGAGCUGAAACACUGCGCUGCUGAGCUGCUCUUUGUGCUCUGUAAAGAAAAUGUGGGACGGUUUGUGAAGUACACCGGUUAUGGCAAUGCAGCGGGUCUGUUAGCAGCUCGAGGUCUCCUGAGCGGUCACAGCUCAGCGCCACAGUGUCAGUACUCCAGCGACUCGGACUCGGACACAGAGGAGUACAGACAGGCCAGAGACAGGAUCAACCUGGUGACGGGGCGAGUGGAGGAGCCGCAACCCGACCCCAUGGAGGGGAUGAGUGAGGAGGAGAAGGAGGCAGAAGCUGUGCGUCUGGUCGCUAUGUUCAACAGACUCUCCAGGGAUAAAAUCAUUCAGCCGAUGUCAGUGAUGCUGGAUGGCCAACUGGUACCUCUCUGUGACCAUAUGAGAAACAGCACCUUGGAAGAGGAAGAGGAAGAGGAAGAAGACUGUGAAGAAGUGGAUUAGGACAUGGUCCUGAACCAGGAACUGCUAGAAAUCUCUUCCAGCUCUGAUGUAAUGUAGUGGACUGACAGUGGAUGAUUCUGUAGGGACGUAGAUCCAUAGGGAAAGGGUUGAUAAUUAAUGUCAUAGAUGGAGAGCAAAAAUGAAGGGAUCGUGAAAAGAUAGAGAAGAAAAUGGGAGAAAGAGAAAAAGGGAUGGUCCAGAACACAAAGAAAUGAUAUACAACAUGUACAAUAAAGUACAGACCAGGGUAGUUUAUAGACAGGAAAGUGUGUGUGUGUGUGUGUGUGUGUGUGUGUGUGUGUGUGUGUGUGUGUGUGUGUGUGUGAGAUGCGUCUGUCGAGUCAUAUGAUUUAGUAGCAUCCCUGCAGGAAAAUCUGUAAUAAUUUUGAAGAGAGUGAGCAUUAUAGUGUGUGUGUGUGUGAGAGAGAGAGAGUAGGAGAGAGAGAAAGAGAGAGUGAGAGAGAGAGUGAGAGAGAGAGAGUGAGAGAGAAAGAGAGAGAGUAGGAGAGAAAGAGAGAGGGAGAGAGAGAGAGUGUGUGUGUGUGUGUGUGAGAGAGAGAGAGAGAGAGAGAGAGAGAGAGAGGGGGAGAGAGAGAGAGAGAGAGAGAGAGAGAGAGAGAGAGAGAGAGAGAGCUAUCAUCACAGACAGAAAAAUGCUAGCAAGGUUGCCAUGACUGUGUUGCCAUGGUAACAGCAGGAAUAUGUAGUUCUCCAGAUCUAAGAGAUUUUUCUUUCUUUCUCUCCUCCUUUCACAUGAGUGGAGUGUUUACCUCGGAUGAGAGCUGCUGAGGUUCAGUUGGAAUGCUAUGUGAGCUGUAAUGAAAGAAUAUUAGCAGCUAAAUAAAAAACAUUUUAUUUCC